CAAGGAGCGACCAGUGCGCGCCUAUUGCAUCGGGAACUGUGCGUGGGAGUUGUUCUCUCUCUCUCUCUCUCUCUUUCUCUCCCUCUCCCUCCCAGUUGAAUCCAUUCUUUAUUCGCCACACUCGCCGUCGGACGCGAGGAGUUGGGGCGCACGGGGAGUCCCAUUACCGAGGGGUGGAUCGCGCCGUGUAAGCGUUCGUCCGGCGCGUGCGUGCGCGUGCGUGUGCGUGUGGGCUGCGUGUUUUUAACUCCAGCUGUCAUCUGAGAAAACCGCGGCACUGCUGUGGUGGAGGAACUCACCGGGAAAUCGGCGAGAAACGGCUCUCUGUCCUCUCCUCAGCGGUCUCCUUUUUUUCUUCUUCUUUUUCUUUCCUCCUUCUUCAUCUUUUUGGUUGUUGUUGUUUUUUUGAAAGCUUUCCUUCAAGCCAAUGGACUUGAGAUAGCGAGUCUUACAAUUGAGUGUCGGUUGGUGGCUGGGAGUUGCCGUCGGGGAGCAAUGCGAAAGGAUGCUUGGGAGCAGUGAAGGAUACAGCAGUGUGGCAGCCGGUGAUGCCCCGGAGCUCUGAAGGUUGUCUCUCCUGCUGUGUUUGGAGAGGAAGUCCACGUGCAGCCGUGUGCCGGCGUGACAUCGUCACCUGGAGCCGCCGUCAGCAAAAGAUCAGGCCUUUAGAGUAACCGAUAAGAUGGCGGCCGGGGAAGCGACUGGGCACAGCUACCUGGUGGCUUGCUGGCAGCCCAUUCUGAUCCUGUUGCUGGGCGUGGUGCUCUCUGGCUCCUCUACAGGCUGCCCGUCCCGCUGCGAGUGCAAUGUCCAAGAGCUGUCCGUCCUGUGCCACCGCAAGAAGCUCAUGACGGUUCCCGAGGGCAUUCCUGCAGAAACCAAACUGCUGGACCUCAGCAAGAACCGCAUCAGAACCAUCAACCCAGACGAGUUUGCCAACUUUCCCAACUUGGAGCACCUGGAGCUCAGUGAAAACAUCAUCUCCACCAUUGAACCCGGAGCGUUCAACAACCUUUACGGCUUGCGGACAAUGGGUCUGCGUAGCAACAAGCUCAAGCUGAUCCAGCUCGGCGUCUUCACUGGCCUGAGCAACCUCACGCAGCUGGACAUAAGUGAGAACAAGAUUGUCAUCCUGUUGGACUACAUGUUCCAGGAUUUGUACAACCUGCGAUCUUUAGAGGUGGGCGAUAACGACCUGGUUUUCAUCUCCCACCGGGCUUUUCAUGGCCUGAGCAGCCUUGAGCACCUGAGUCUCGAGAAGUGCAACUUGUCCUCUGUGCCAACAGAGGCCUUUACCCACCUCCACAGUUUGAUCACGCUCAGGCUCCGCCUCCUCAAUAUUAACGUCAUACGGGAUUAUUCCUUCAAAAGGCUCUAUCGGCUGAAAGUGUUGGAAAUAGCCAAUUGGCCAUACCUGGAUACGAUGACCCCAAAUUGCUUAUAUGGAUUAAAUCUCACCUCCCUGACCAUCGCAAAUGCCAACCUGACCACAAUUCCUUAUGUAGCCUUGCGGCACUUGGUUUAUUUGCGCUUUCUUAAUGUUUCAUACAACCCUAUCCAUACCAUUGAAGGGAAUAAGCUCCACGAUCUUUUGCGCCUGCGGGAAUUUCAUCUGGUCGGAGGAAGACUGGCAAUGAUUGAGCCCUACUCUUUCCGUGGUUUAAACUACCUGAAGAUUCUCAAUGUGUCUGGAAACUCCCUGAGCACUUUAGAGGAGUCUGCUUUCCAUUCAGUUGGCAACCUGGAAACCCUUGCCCUGUACGAUAAUCCCCUGGCCUGUGACUGCCGACUGUUAUGGGUUUUCCGGCGACGCUGGAGGCUGAACUUCAACAGGCAGCAGCCGACCUGUGCCUCCCCGGAGUUCGUCCAAGGCAAAGAGUUCAAAGACUUCCCGGAUGUCCUGCAGCCAAACUACUUCACUUGCCGCAAGUCUCGGAUCAGAGAUCGCAAACCCCAGCAGAAAUUUGUUGACGAGGGAGCCAUUGUCCAUUUCGCUUGCAAAGCAGAUGGAGAUCCCGCCCCGUUGAUAAUGUGGCUCUCCCCCCAGAAGAAGUUCAUCACCAGCAAGACAAUUGGAAGGCUCUCCGUGUUGCCAGAUGGCACCCUUGAGGUUCGCUAUGCCCAGAUUCAAGACAAUGGCACAUAUGUGUGUGUGGCUAGCAACGCGGGAGGAAACGACACCUCCCUCGCUCACCUGCACAUUCAUAGCUACUCGCCUGACUGGCCACACCAGCCCAACAAGACCUUUGCCUUCAUUUCAAACCAGCCCGCGGAGACCGGCGCUAACGGCACACGAGCCAACGCCCCUUUCCCCUUCGAUAUAAAGACGUUGAUCAUCGCGACCACCAUGGGCUUCAUCUCUUUUCUCGGCGUCGUCCUGUUCUGCCUGGUGCUGCUCUUCCUCUGGAGCAGAGGCAAAGGCACCACCAAGCACAACAUCGAGAUCGAGUACGUGCCACGGAAAUCGGACGCUGGCAUGAGCAGCAGCACGGUGGAUGCUCCUCGCAAGUUUAACAUGAAAAUGAUUUAAACGGAGCUGUGGAAUAAAAACAAUUUUUUGGAACGAACAUAAAAAAACAAGACAAAGGGAAAAGAAGACAUUUUCUUUCCCCUUCCCCCCCCCCCCUUACGAACUGUGGAUCCUGGUCUGUGAACAAAGACUGAUAUGUUCUUUUUUUCCUGAAUGAAGCGCUAUAGAGGAAGGCAGUUCUUGACUUUUACAGGUGAGAGGGAAUGAAAGCAACUCCACUGCUACAGGGCAUUGGUGGUUUCUCCAAGGCCCGUGGGGGCAUUCAUUGAAAGUCAAAUUUGUCAUAAGCAGUUCAUACUCUUGUGGAUUUAUACUGGAAAAAAUGUAUCGUAACAAGAAAAAAAAUACUUCAAACAGCCAGAAUGCGAGGGGCAGAUUAUAGUUUGGCCAUUGCUGUUUUGUGUCUGUAUCUUUCAUUUAGAGUUUGUUCUUCUUUUUCUUUUUUCUUGCCAAGGUUAGAUGUCAAGUUACGGAUGAGAUUUAUAUGGGUUGACGAGCACAUUUAUACAAAGUUGAGUCCUUCAAACAACAUCAUUAUACUGUGUGCUACAUAUGGUCUGUUUUCUUUCCUAAAGUGAUGAUUGUUCUGUAAUCCAUCAAAUGUACAGUGUCACAAUAUUUGAUUAAAAAUAAAAAAGGGGCAUCUUCCAGCAAUUAGCAGAAAUACACAACAUAGUUCGGCACAAUUAUAAUAUGGCGAAUACAAAACUGUUGUGUGAUGUACAACAGCGGAAUAUACAAGUGCUCGGUAAAUACGUUGAUUGAGUGAUAUACAAAUACAUCUGUGCAACCUUUACUAUUGAUGCCAAUUCUCACAAGUGUAUUUAGAAGUAAUAAUGUUUAAAUAGACAAAUAUAACAACAUUUAGUCUCGAAAACUAGCAGCAAAUCAAAGUUGCUUAAUGCGGCUCUUAAUAUUGGAUUAAAACACGGGGGAAAUGCUCAAAUAUAGCAUUUUACACCCAGUAUAUAUGAUAAUAGUAUCAGUGUCACUCAUCCCUAAUUUUCAGAUGUAACCCAGACGGUGCACACACAUGGAUUGAGGGCAUGAUGCAGACUUAAAUGUGAGAUGUUGCUGAUAUGAUGGGGCGCCGCACCAAGAAUAGAAUCAACAUCUAUCCUACGGCUUUACCGUGCAGUCGAAGCGGUUAUCCCUGAUGAAAACUAUGAUGUAAUGCAAUUAUUUUGUGCUCAACAUGAUUGUGUGGAAUACAAGUUGUGGUGCUCACAUUUUUUAAAAUAUAUAUGUAUAUAUAUAUAUAUAUACAAUAUAUAUAUAUAUAUAUAUACAAAUAUAUAAAUAUAUAUAAUGUGCUCCUCAAGCUGUAGAAUAAUUUCUUUCAUCGUUGGUUAUAUUUUCUGGAUUGUUUUAUGAAAUCAAAGAUUCAUUUAUGCCGAUGCUCCCCAUGUCAAAGCCGAGGAAGUUCUACUUUCCAGGAUAAUUUCCAGAUUUGCUACCCCCCCACUUCGGAAAUGUUUUGUCAGGUGGAAAAGAACUGUGCGUCGGACGCUCCCAGUUGGUCCUGCAUACUGGAUCUGAGGUGACAGCCUUUCCUUUUUCCAAGUACACACCGUGGACAGCUGGGCUUUGCAAACGUGUGUGAGGAUAAAGGCUGAGUUAUUUAUGAUGGGUGACUUUACAGACAACGACGCAGUAAUGGGCUGGAAGUAUGGACAGAAUAUGCAGAUGGUUGGAGUGACACAGAUGGUUUCACCCAUGGAGCAAUCUGACGCAGCUUUGGUGUAAUCCGUUUUGCAUAUAGGAAGAAGAAGAAAAAAAAUCCCUGGAUAUGGCUCAUGGUUCUCCCUCUUGCUGAUUAUGAAUGCUCUCUUUGUUCAAAGUGUGGCUACUGUAUCGAGCCUUUUUUCAAAUCCCGAGUGACAGCGGGUAUCUGUUUAUUUUAUUGUUUUUGUUCCUGUUAUUCAUUUUUUUUCAUUAUAUAAUUUUGACCCUGGACUAUAUUGAACAUGUAGUCAAAGCCAACUUUUUACAAGAAAAAAAAGAAAAGAUGCUUAAAAAAGAAAUCUAUGGAAAAUACAUUCAAAUUGUUCUGUGCAAUAAAGGUAAUAUGCAGAUUUUUUUUUUUGAAUUAACAAAAUUUCGUUGAUGUUGAAUUGUUGAGAAUAUGGUAUGUUGUAUUAAACAAUCUAUGGACUUUUUUAAACAUA